GUUGCUUGCGUGGCACCUCCACUUUGUGCUAUUCGACCACCAUAUUAUACACGCGAUAUAAUUUCCUAUCAUUGAUCAUACUGAUAAGAGCAUCCACGUAACUUGGUUCCCAUAUUGACAACUGCAAAGAUGUCUGAUAACCUAACAACGCCUGAAGUCCAGGUGGACGAAGAUAACACCGACUCCGAGUCCGUCUUCAGUGCUGGCUCUGUAGGAGCAACGACAUCCAUUGCUAGCAGCGUGCUCAAGUAUAAAUGGAAACAUGGUCGGCGAUACCACAGUGAUCGCGCUGGACAGUACAGUUUUCCCAAUGAUGACCAGGAGCAAGAUCGUCUGGACAUGAUUCACCACGUUUUUUACCGAACUGUGAAGGAUCGAUUGUUCUUAGCUCCCAUCGAUCCGGAAGGACUGAAUGUUCUGGAUAUAGGAACAGGAACAGGAAUCUGGGCGAUCCAGUUUGGAGACGAGCAUCCUUCUGUGACAGUGGUCGGAAAUGACCUCAGCCCUAUCCAGCCAGACUGGGUUCCCCCAAAUGUCAAAUUCAUCGUUGACGACGUUGAAGCGGAAUGGGUCGAGCCGAUCCCAUAUGAUUAUAUCCACUGCAGGUAUAUGGCUGGAUCCAUCAAAGACUGGCCUAGACUAUUGCGGCAAGCAUACGCCAACUUGAAGCCAGGCGGCUGGAUCGAGCUUCAGGAAACAGCCAAUACGCUCUAUUCCGAGGAUGACUCGCUCAAGCCCGACAACGCGUUAGUCCAAAUGAUGGAUCAUCUUAAGUUAGCCUGCGAUAAGAUUGGAAGAACCAUGGAUCCUGCGCCGUCUUUUCAAGAAUGGGCUAAGGAAGCUGGCUUCGCUAGUGUCAAAGAGGAGCGAUUCAAGCUUCCAAUCGGACCAUGGCCUAAGGAUGAACGGCUCAAAGAAAUUGGAACUUUGAUGGGAGUCAACAUGAGAGAGGGUGUAGCGGCAUUUACGGCGGUUUUGUUUACUGAUGUUUUGGGAUGGUCGCGCGAAGAGGUUGAGGUUUUCAAUGCGCGUGUCAGAGAGGCAUCGCGCGAUAGAUCUGUGCAUCCGAUGUUUGAUUGCUUAAUAGUCACCGGCCAGAAGCCCAAGGAAUAAGCUAAACCGGAAUAUUCAUACUAUUUGAAGACUAUAAGCUUUGUAUUCAGAAAAUCAUUCAUCUCGUCGUCGUCCUUGUUCAGAUGCGCCAGGCAGGCUUCUCCACGAACCUCAGGACCGAGGGCGCGGUAUGAGAACCCCGGAUUCAUCACGAGUCAUUGACGCUUAAGUCGGCAACCUUACUUUUCCGUCCAUUCACAAGAGCAACAACAACCACUUCGAGACAGUAUGAUACCCCGGAUUUGCUCUUUUGACGGAGUCUUCUUCAGACCCCGAAUCGUGGGGUAGUCCAAAUAUCGACUAGUCUCCGCGGCAUUGAACUCUGGAUAUGGGGUAAACUUUACCGCAACAAGGUUAAGCCCUUGACCGAUGGAACUUCACGAUCCUACCGGGGAUCGGUCCAUGCGACAUUAUCCGGGGAUACGUCGAAAAUAGGUCUGUUUUGCGUAUCCAGGGACAGGAUAUUCGUUCCCUCUUGCGUGUUCCUCGGAGUAGAUAGCUUGUCCAAAUGAGUAUCCAAUGGGUAUGUCGCCUGGUGAGGUGAGGAGAAGUAAAUGCAUGGAUAUGCUAAGGAUGAUCCCUUCGAGUAUUAUGCUACUGGUGGAGUGUUAUAUAUCUGCGGAGAUACUCGCUAAAAAUGUGCUCCUUUACGUAGUCGGCUGUCUGUUUGUAUUACCACUUGGCUUCCCGUUCUCUGACC